UAAGCCCCCCGCUCCCACCAUGUUUCCUCACACACAGCCAGACUCUCGAAGGUGCCAUUUCUUGGUCUCUGAUUCUGAAAUCUAGUGAGUUCGAACUCGAGAAAUCUGAGAUUCGAUUAGGAUGGGCAUCGUGGACGUCCUCUCGGAGCUCUGCUACAUGCCGAGGACUCGCCGGCACAUCAAGAAGAGGAAGCAGUUCCAGACGGUGGAGAUGAAGGUGAGGAUCGACUGCGAAGGAUGCGAGAGGAAGGUGAAGAAGGCCCUCGACGACAUGAAAGGUGUGAGCUCGGUGGAGGUGACGGCGAAGCAGAACAAGGUGACUGUGACGGGGUACGUGGACGCGGCGAAGGUGAUGCGGCGUGUGGCUUACAAGACGGGGAAGCGGGUGGAGCCGUGGCCGUACGUGCCGUACGAGAUGGUGGCGCACCCCUACGCGCCCGGCGCCUACGACAAGAAGGCCCCCGCCGGGUACGUGCGCAACGUCAUCGGCGACCCUUCCGCCGCGCCGCUCGCCAGGGCCUCCUCCACCGAGGCCAGGUACACCGCCGCCUUCAGCGACGAGAACCCCAACGCCUGCUCCGUCAUGUAGUUACUAGUUAAUCCUCAUUAGUUGGUUGCCAUGUGUUCGAUUCCAUCUCUUCUCUAGGUGGAGGAGUAGCUGUUGAUGGAUUUGUUUUCUAGUUUCGAUCUGGUGGUGUAAAAUAUGUUGGAUUCGGUGAGAAAGAAUCUUCAAUGUUCUCUGCAGUGUUAGUACUAAACUAGAGGUCGUAAAAAUAAAAGGAAAAUUGGGUAGAGUACACCUAAAA